CCACAAUCCAGUGGUGAUCAUGCACUGACAGUUGCAAACCACUACAACCAGCUUGAAGAGACUGGAUUAGCCUUGCGAACACGCAGUCGCAUCUACUAUCUUCGCAAUUUUAACAAUUGGAUCAAAAGCAUACUGAUAGCGAACACAUUAAAUAAGUUGCGUGAAAAUGAGACUCAGAGAUCUAUAUCAGUAUUGGACUUGUGUUCAGGUAAAGGAGGUGAUCUGUUGAAAUGGAAGAAAGGAAGAAUUGCUCAUGUUGUUUGUGCAGAUAUUGCUGCAACAUCUGUGGAACAGAGUGAAGCCAGGCACAAGCAGAAUGUUGAGAGAGAGAGAAACAGAAUAUACACAGCAGAGUUUAUUGCUGCAGACUGUACCAAGGAACGACUGAAGAACAAAUACAAAAACCCUGCACAAACUUUUGAUCUAGUUAGCUGCCAGUUUUCCUUCCACUAUUGCUUUGAGAGCUACUCUCAAGCCAUGAUGAUGCUGAGGAAUGUCGGGGAGUGUCUCCGGGUUGGUGGAUAUUUCAUUGGAACUACACUAGAUUCAAAUGAAUUAGUAAGACGUUUUCGCCAGUCACAGGAUAAGUCUUUUGGGAAUGAUGUCUAUCGGAUCACAUUUUCUCAAGAAGACAAGACAAAUUUCCCAUUGUUUGGAGCCAUGUACAAUUUUCAUCUAGAGGGAGUUGUUGACUGUCCAGAAUUUCUAGUGUAUUUUCCAGUGUUAGAAAGAAUGGCUGCAAUGUAUGGCUUGAAGCUCAUCAAAAAGCAGAGAUUUUCAGAUUUCUUCAAAGAGAACUUACACAACAAAGAUAAUUUGUCAUUACUGAGUACAAUGCAGGCUUUAGAGCCUUACCCACCAGUCGAAGGAGCAGAGACUGUAAGUAGCAGAGAUGAAGAUUAUCAAGUGGCAAAGGAUUUCUUAUUAUCGGUGUCUAAAUCAGGGGAAAAAGAGCAGUCCGGUCGCCAGUAUCAGCAGAAACAGAUUGGAACACUUUCACAAGCAGAAUGGGAAGCAGCAACAUUAUACCUAGUGUUCGUCUUCCAAAAAGUGGAAGAUGUCUGCCCGCCACUGGACACCAGCAGCACAUUUUCUACAGUAGAAACAUCAUCACAACCAACAUCUCAUUAG